AUGGCCGGAACUCACGACAUGAGAGCUGAGAAGCUUUUCUCGGUGAAAGACUAUGUUUGCGUCAUCACAGGAGGAGGAUCUGGCAUCGGCUUGAUGUCUGCUCAAGCGUUAGCAGCCAACGGCGCUAAGGUCUACAUCACCGGUCGACGCAAGGAAGCUCUCGAGGCUGCAGCGAAGUCGCAUGACCCGAAUGGAGGAGGCCAAAUUAUCCCUCUUGGCCCCUGCGACGUUACCAAAAAAGACGACCUUGAGAAUCUCUACCAGGAGUUGUCAAAACGUGAAAAGUACAUCAACUUGUUGGUCGCUGCUGCGGGCAUUUCCGGCGAGAAGGCAGAGCCCGACGCCGAAAAAGCCACCGAUCUCAAGGCCAAGCUUUGGAACAAUGAGACGUUCGAAGGCUGGAACCAGACCUACAACACCGACGUGACCUCCGUAUAUUUCUCCGUCGUUGCUUUGCUUCCGCUGUUACAAGCCGGCACAGAGACGCAUGGCCACCUCGCCGCUUCCGUCAUAGUCAUCUCGUCAAUGUCGGGCAUCAUGAGGCACGCGCAGGGUCACUUUAGCUAUAACGCUGCGAAGGGCGCCACCGUACAUUUGACCAAGUUGAUGUCAGCAGAAUUUCAAAAGGCGAGGAUCAGAGUCAACAGCAUCGCACCGGGCUACUUCCCAAGCGAGAUGACGGUGAAAGAGAGCGACGAGCAUCAGAAGAGCCAUAUGCCUGAUGAGAAGAUCCAGGAGAAGGGCCAUGUGCCAAUGGGAAGAGCCGGAGCGGAUGAGGAGAUGGCACAGGCGGUAUUGUUCCUGACGAAGAACGCUUACGUGAACGGGGAGAUUAUUGCCGUCGAUGGAGGUGUUCUGAACGUUGUCGCUGGAAGGUAG